GGAAUGUGGCCAUUAUGAGGAUGGGGAUUGUGAUGGUGGUCAGAACCUGGUGAAGCCAAAUGUUAUUGUCCCAAAAGAUGUCCUGUGGCCCUGGUUGGCAGCACGGUGGUUAUCUGGAUGGCGAUGGAGGACAGGGAGGUGAUGGAAGCCAGAGGGGCAGGAGAAAGCUGCCCCACCCUCUCCAAGGUGGCCCCUGCUGACAGCAUGCCUGAGGGCAAGCCAAAGGCCUCUUUGGAUGCAGAAGCCCCCAAACUAGAACUACCUACCCUGGAAGAGAAUGGGAUCUGUGAGGACAGAGAUUGUCCAGGGCCCCCUAAGUCACUGCCUCCAAAGUCCGGCCCUACCACCAAGGGUCAGGCUGGCGAUGGACCCGCACUGGAGUCCGUAGAGCUGCCCCUGCCCCUGGAGACAGAACACCACAACGCAAUGGAGCUGGAGAAGGUGCGCAUGGAGUUUGAACUGACACGCCUCAAGUACCUGCACCAGGAGAAUGAGCGGCAGCGGCAGCAUGAGGAAGUGAUGGAGCAGCUGCAGCAACAGCAGCAGCAGCAGGCUUUGCCUCGCCAGUUCUCAGGAGGCCUCCAGGACCUCUUGCUCCCCCAGAACCAAUUCGCCAUGUUCCUCUACUGCUUCAUCUUCAUCCACAUCAUCUACGUUGCCAAGGAGAUGGUCUUCUUUCUCUUCUCCAAGCACUACCUGUUCUGCCUGGCAGCCAUCUUGCUGUGUUUGAUUAAAACCUUGUGGUCCUACUUCCAAGUGUCGUUGCUUCUUCCAUCGAUGGCAGUGCCAUCUGUGCAUUAA